AUGAAUACUAAUAAUACAACCAUUGCAUACUUUAUUGUCAAUGGUAUAUCAGAAAAACCAGAGCUUCAAGUGACAAUCUUCUUACUGGUUAUCUUCAUUUAUUUAAUCACUCUUGGAGGUAACAUAAUCAUCCUUCUUCUCAUCUGCCUGGACCAUCAUCUUCACACGCCCAUGUAUUUCUUUGUGGCCAACUUGUCUGUAGUAGACAUCUCAUGCUCCACUAUCACUCUUCAUAAAAUACUCCUAAGUUUCCUUACAGGAGAUAAAAAAGUUUCUUUCCUUGAAUGUAUGUUUCAGACAUAUAUUUUUGGGUCACUGGCAGGUCAUGAGCUGUUUAUUUUAACAGCAAUGAGUUUUGACCGAUAUGUGGCCAUCUGUAACCCCUUAAAUUACCAUAAGGUAAUGAAUCGCAGGACUUGCAUCAUUUUAGCUUCAUUUUGUUGGUUAUUGGGUUUUGUCCAAAUGGUUUCUCUAGUAGUAAUAAUGGGUAGCUUCACCUGCUACUCAUCCAAUGAAAUCAACCACUUUUUCUGUGACAUUGUGCCAAUGAUGAAACUGGUCUGCAGUGAUAUCUCGGUGUUGGAAAGACUGUUCUUUGUCCAAGGCCUUUUCCUGAUGACCAUUUCUCCAUUUGUUCUGACUUUUGUCCCUUAUAUUUUCAUAAUUGUUACCAUAUUGAGAAUCCGUUCUAAUUCUGGCAGGCGUAAAGCCUUCUACACAUGUUCCCCACAUCUGACUGUGGUAGUUCUGCUUUAUACAACCUUGGCCAAUCAAUAUCUUACACCAAGCUCAAUCAGCAGCUUGGAUUCCAAAAAAAUGUUUUCUUUGUUUAACACAGCUAUUGUCCCUAUGCUCAAUCCAUUGAUUUAUAGUUUAAAAAAUAAAGAUGUGAAACUGUCUAUGAAGAGAAGGUUUGGAGGUUGCAAAUUGACAAAUUAA